UGAGAGGUAGGACCAGGGUUUGAACCUGGAAUUGAAACCCAGAUCCCAAAUGCUAAGUCAUAGUGCUGAGUGGAAAUCCACUUAAGCUGACAAGGAUGUGAUAGAAGAGGAUUUCUUUUUUGUUGUUUAAUUUAGUCAACACACAGAAACACAAUACCUGGUGCCUCCUCUAAGCCAGGUCCUGUCCCCCAGGAGAGAUAAAAAUCAAUGAAACACGGUGUCUUCCUUGGGGCUGACUUUUGUCCCAUGCAAUAGGGGCAGGAAAUAUGGUUGUAGCCUCAGUGGGUUGUGCCACAGCCUCCCAUGGGACUGUGCCAGAUGAAGCAACCCUGCUUACCUUGGUCCCUGGAUUGCUGCCAUCUUCUACCCUCACCAAUGCCCCAACCCUGCCUUUGCUGAGAGCUGCCUUCCUCCUUUCCUGGCUUCUUCCCCUCUCUGCCCCUGCAGGGCACCCAUGUACAGGCUCUGGAAGGCCCAGCACCUGCCUCUCUUAACUCUUGGAGUUCUACCAGCUUGGCUCCGACCUGAGUGGGGAGCGCUUGGCCCCUUCCCAGAGGCAGAAGAGGAGGAGGAGGAGGGAGGCUGGGAACGAAGUCUGGAGCUUGGUGUCGCAAUUCUGGGCCGUGUUGGGACCUUUGCUCUCGGAGGUGUCUAUAGAGGGGAGGGAGCGCUGACUCUGGAGGCUGCCGGGAAAGAGGCGCCUGGGAAGCAGUCCUGUAAGAGCGAAGAACCUCCAGGGUCUCUCUUCUGUGCUCAGCUCUGGUCACCGACCGGCCUGCCUCGGACUCCGGACAGGGGACUGCACCAACCUCUUCUCCCAGCAAGGGGGCUCCAGAGACUGCGCAACCAGGAAGUCUGGUGGCCUGGGAAUUUGGACAGUGCCUCGGUAAUGUCCAGGGCUCUAGGAAGAUAUGUCCUUGUGGCUGGAGGCAUCUGUGCCUGAUGUUUCUCCUGACUCUGCAGUGGAACUGUGGGAGCCAGACACCCACGAUGCAAGCAUCCAGGCCCAGAGAGGCCACAACUUCCUUAGAGAGGAAUCCAGGAUGCCUCCGUCUGCUGUGGGCACAUUGGGGCCAAGGCUGGAGGUUGCAGAACCCACUGCCCUGCUUACAGAGCCCACAGAGCUCCGUCCACAAAAGAGGAAAAAGGGGCCGGCCCCCAAGAUGCUGGGGAACGAGCUGUGCAGUGUGUGCGGGGACAAGGCCUCCGGCUUCCACUACAACGUGCUGAGCUGCGAGGGCUGCAAAGGGUUCUUCCGCCGGAGUGUCAUCAAAGGAGCUCGCUACGUCUGCCACAGUGGCGGCCACUGCCCCAUGGAUACCUACAUGCGUCGCAAGUGCCAGGAGUGUCGGCUUCGCAAGUGCCGCCAGGCGGGCAUGCGAGAGGAGUGUGUCCUGUCCGAGGAACAGAUCCGUCUAAAGAAACUGAAGCGGCAAGAAGAGGAGCAGGCUCAGGCCACAUCUGUACCCCCAAGAGCUUCCUCACCUCCCCAAGUCCUGCCACAGCUCAGCCCCGAGCAGCUGGGCAUGAUUGAGAAGCUGGUGGCCGCCCAGCAGCAGUGUAACAGGCGCUCCUUUUCUGACCGACUUCGAGUCACGCCGUGGCCCAUGGCACCAGAUCCCCAGAGUCGGGAAGCCCGGCAGCAGCGCUUCGCCCAUUUCACGGAGCUGGCCAUCGUUUCCGUGCAGGAGAUUGUUGAUUUUGCCAAACAGCUUCCUGGCUUCCUUCAGCUCAGCCGGGAGGACCAAAUCGCUUUGCUGAAGACCUCUGCAAUUGAGGUGAUGCUUCUAGAGACAUCUCGGAGGUACAACCCUGGCAGUGAGAGUAUCACCUUUCUCAAGGAUUUCAGUUAUAACCGGGAAGACUUUGCCAAAGCAGGACUGCAGGUGGAGUUCAUCAAUCCCAUCUUUGAUUUCUCCAGAGCCAUGAAUGAGCUGCAACUCAAUGAUGCAGAGUUUGCUUUGCUCAUUGCCAUCAGUAUCUUCUCUGCAGACCGGCCAAACGUGCAGGACCAGCUCCAAGUAGAGAGGCUGCAACACACAUAUGUGGAGGCCCUGCAUGCCUACGUCUCCAUCCACCACCCCCAUGACCGAUUAAUGUUCCCACGGAUGCUAAUGAAACUGGUGAGCCUCCGGACACUGAGCAGCGUCCACUCAGAGCAAGUGUUCGCACUACGCCUGCAAGACAAAAAGCUCCCCCCGCUACUCUCAGAGAUCUGGGAUGUGCACGAAUGACUGUUCUCUCCCUUAUGAUUUCUGCGUUCUGGGCUGCAUGGCUGGAGGACCCCUGGCUACCUCCAGGGGGUGGGACAGACUGAGCAGAGCAAAUAGUCCUGGGAGCUGGGUGAAGGAGAGUCUCAUGUGGCAUUGGAGUGUGUGUGUGUGUGUGUGUGUGAAGGUUGCUAAAGUUAUGUUUCAUCUGAAGACAGUAUUAACCCCGUCAAGUGGAUGAACCAUGGGCCACUUUGCAUAAGGUUCUCCAGGGCCCGGCCCAUUCUGCCUCCACCACUUCCUGUUUUUCCCCAAGGGGCACCUCUAAAGAUAUUCUCCACUGCCAUUCUGUGGCUUGGCCAGAAACGCCUCGCUGAUAGGUCUGGAACAGGAAGACCAAGAUAAAUACAAAGAGAAAAGCAUGUCUGCAUUGGGGUGAGGGCAUGGCUGUAGAGGAGGAAGCCGGUGUUCUUUAGGAUCUGCCUCCAGACUCAGUCAAGGCUGUCAGUAAGAGGGGGCCUCAUUUCACAGUUCCACGGCGCCGUCUUGAU